AUGCCGCAGCAGGAUUCCAUUAAAGAUGUGCGGUAUGAGACAAUUACAGGCUUUCAGAACUGCACUUCACAUUGUGGUAGUGCUGGCAAGAGACAAAGAGACGAGAAACUUGUCAUCCUGAUCUUCGGGAUGCCAGUCCUGGAGGACACACUUUACUACUCCAACAUUAGAUCAGAUGUACAUGAAGGUAAUGAAGAUGAAAGAGAAGUGUUGGUACAAGAACAGAGGUACUGUCGAACUCGGGCUCGCAAGCUUUCCCUGGAAACAAGACGCAGACGAAAGGCUCUAGAGGAGAGAAGGAAACAGUGGGAUGUUCAAGAGCAGAGACUGAGGGAGAAUAUUCUACAGCAGCGCCAUCAGAGGGUCCAGGAUGCCACAGAGAACUUCCAAAGAGCUCAUCUCUCUCCUUCCCAGAGAAAAAGACCAGGCGCCUUUAAGAGAAGAACACUCAACCUUGAUGAAGCACUUCAUCAUAUUCAGAGCAGUCCGCACUUAUACACUCAACAAUCUCCAUUUUUGGCAAGUGGCUCCACCAUUAGCAGGAGCUGCACUCCCUCCCCAAAGCCUUUAGGGGGCGCCCGUCACCUACAUGCCUUAUCUGCAGCUGAGGCCUAUGCCAAACUCCUGCAGGAGAAGAGUCUGAGUAACUUCAAGAACAACCAGCUGCUCUUCCUCAGUGAGCAACAGGAGACCCAGGCCGCUCUGAAAGAAAAAGAGCAGGCCGAUCUACAGGAGUAUCUUGAUACCCCAAAUAGCGAGACAGAGAGUCUGUCUAGUCUGGACAGCUUAGAGAACGGAGACACUCAGAAGACCCAAGACACUACACCGGUUUGUUGCUCCGACCAGAGCACCACCUGUACCCAGUCUUUCUACCUUCCUGUGGAUCCCCCUAAACUCCAAGACCCCAAAAAUCCUCCAACAGCAUUCAGACAUUCCAACAACCCAUGUUCACCAUCUCAUCACUCCACUUCCGUAGCAAAGAGUUUCCUGGAGGAGUUCUUAAAUCAGACAAGCAAACUCAAUCUCAACUCACCCUCACCAAAGAAUCGUGAGUCAACAGAAGAAAACAGGAGUCUCCGGAAUUGCACGCAAGAAAGAUUUGUUAACUCAAAAGACCAAUUGCAGACCUUCAACACCCAUAAUUGCCAAAAAGAACUGACUCAGCAGGACUUAGCUACUAAUUCAGAACAUAUGACUCAUGAUAAUCACAGAAACGCUCAAAGGAACAUUUUGAAAGACAAAGGAUCUGUGGUUGCCCACUGCAAAACACAAGCCGUGCCAGAUACCACACCCUUGGAAUCCUCAAGUCUGACUAAAGACUUUAAGUCAGAAUCCAAGCAGCAGACAAGAACCCUGGAGGAAAAAUAUGCUAAACAUUUAUCAGAAACACAGACAGCUCUUCCAGCCGGCAAAUGCAAACACAGCAACAGUUCAUUCGAAGCCUUUUCGUGCUCCUCUGCCCAUCUUAGCAUAACGUAUCGGACUGACACAAGAUCCCCCAACAUACAACCAAUAGAAGAACUGAGUUCUUCACAGUCAAAUCAACGCAAACCAGAUGUAUAUGCUGCCACAGGGCUCAAGAUAGAAUCCAAACCGCUGAGCAUGGAGGAGAGUAUAAGCAUAGAUCCUAAAAAUGAAACGGAUGUCACCAAAUUGGAAAAAGCUGGAAUGCUGAAUUCUUCUAAAAGCACGGAAGAACCAAACGGAACAUCUGCAGACCCCUUGACACAUUCACCCCCUAACAACAAUGUCAGAUUCCUGAAAGGGAUCCUUAAAAACCAUUUAAAAUCCAAAUCAGGCAAUGUCAAAUUCACUUAUACUCCUGGCCAUUUGCUUUUCACCAAAGAAGUGGCUAUAUUAAUCCGGGACAGUGUAGAGCUGGCCAGGACAAAACUCAAUGAGCCAGAGCAGAAUAGGGCAGUUAAGAAGAAACUACGCUGGUUUGAUGAGGUAGAUGGAGUUGAGGGGGUGGACAGAGUGUUUAGAGACCCCGGCAGGCAUGCUAACCUGCCUCAACCAACCCAUAAACAGUUCUCUGCAGAUCACUCGGACCAUGUGAAUUUCACAGGGGUAUCAAAGAACAUCUCCAAUAAGACCUCUGCUGUCACCGCUGGGCCCCAAUCCACUAGACGGGCCUGGGCAGAUGUAGGGCCCCAAGAAAGCCGUACACAGGAGCCCACCUCUCAAAGAAGAGCCUUCUGCACUGAGGGCCCACGGACUCCCCGGAGAGCGCGCUCAGCCAGAGUCGGCUCGUGUCCCGUUACCUCCCGGGCCAGGAAGGGCACUAUCAUCAGACCACAAUCUGCCAGGGAAGCGCAACAUGUGGCCAAGAAUCAGGGGAAGAUUUUGGUGCCUCGUCCCCCUCCAAAACCUGAAGCUGUGGAGUGUAACCUAGCUGAGGGUCCCGUGUACAUCUCAAAGGCAUCGUGCAAUGACGAUGGUGUACAGAGCAGACCGGAUCUGCAGGAUCUGGCCUUUUGCAAAGACACUCCAGAUAGCCAGGCAAUAGUUCAUCGACCUACCCUCAGAAUAGAUGCUAUCUGUUCACCAGUGCUACCCUACUGUACCUUCACCCAUGAGACAGGCAUCUGUUCCCUCUCCCCUCCAGAUGCCCCUGCACACAAUGCCAGGCGCAGGUGUGGAGAGAAUGGGAUAUGUUUGGACCGGACUCCAACAGAUGAGGAGAUCUCACUGCUCUGGCAUGGAGUCCGAAGUGCUCUCGCCAGUAAAGACGGUGACCCUCAAAGUCUGUCCCAUGUCACUAUCAAUGGUGAUAGUCUGAUCAGUGGUGUCAAAGGAGCCUCAAAAAUGGGUGGAUUUUUCUUGUCUUCCUCUAACAUGAGAAGUCCAAUAAGGAGACAGGCUAUGGAGAGUAAUAUGGUGAAGAGCCGAGUUUCAAUGGAAAACAGCAGGAACCAAACUGCAAGAACAACACAGAGAAAGCCUAGUUUUCCUUAUCAGGUCACUGUGCCAAGUCCUCUAUAUCCAAAAAAGAAUGGUCAUGCAACUGACAGUGAAGGCCCAGAGGUGUCAGACGGUGCUCAUGAAGUAGAGGACUGUGCUCAGACCCAUAAGAUCUCCAACGGUCCGAUUGGAACAUUGAGCCAGAGAAUACAGUCGCUCAGUGUCAGCACUGUGUCACAAGAGGAGCAGAAGAUCCUGCAGUCACUCGAGAGACUUAAUCAACGCCUGCAAUAUGUGCAAGAUACAGCUGGUGGCAACCCAGCAGUGAGGGGCAUCUUUACUUUGGGUCCUGCAUUUAACCAGACCGGUGAGACUGUAGGUGUCACCGUGCGUAGGCGAGGAGCCUCUGCUGAUAAUCGCACCCGAACUCAACAGCGUUACUGACUACACCUCCCAUGAUCCACCACUCCCUCAAGCACCCUCUCUCAAAUGCACUUAGCAAAUCUUCAAACCUUAUGAUUAUAUGCUGUAUUUUGUUGAGAUAUACUCUAAUACUUUAUCUUAGUGCUAUUUAUUUGUUUUUUAAAGGCAUAGUUCACCCAAAAAUGAACAUUUGCAGAAAAUGUACUCACUCCCUGGCCAUCCAAAAUGUAAAUUUAUAUUUUUUUUUUUCAUUUGGACAGAUUUGGAGAAACUUAGCAUUCCAUAACUUGCAGCUCACAAAUGAAUCCUCUACAGUGAAUGGGUGCCGUCAGAAUGAGAGUUCAAACAGCUGAUGAA